AUGGAUGAAAUGGCGGUGAGAUAUGAUGAAACGGCGAAGUUCCUGCCUCAAGACACACUGGAGAACGAGAAAGCGAGUGAACGGGAGCACUGCUGGCAGGAAUCGGGCAUGCAGCUGGGUAAACAUGGCCGGAGGUGGUUGAAGAACGACGAGUCAUACUGGCCAUACCCAUUGCCGUAUAUUGAACAUCAAACAAGCAUUGAAUGGGCAUGGGUCAUCUGGUGCGGUGUAAAGCCGUUGAAGCUUGUUCGUCGCACCGAUGUGCAGGAAUACCUACGGGUAAUGAAAGAUAUUGUGCGAUCCGUCUUACUGCUCAUUCAGUUUUCGAUUGCAUCUUGCAUCACUUGUUAUGAAUGUAACGCCGUCCAAGGUCAGCAAUGCAGGUACACUGCCGCUUCAUGCCAGUACGGAUUCUUCGGCUGCGUGAAACUCACCGUUUACUCGGGAGGAGUGGAUAAAUGUAAGUGA